AUGUAUUCUAUCAAUAAAUUUGGAAGAAAUUAUAAAGUUGGAGUUUCCUUGUCCGAAGAUUAUCGACAUCAAGUCAUUGAACUGUCACAUAACAAUAACUCUUACCGGGAAAUUAGUUCAAGACUUAGGAUUCAACCGUCAACUGUCUCAAAAAUUAUAAAGCGGUAUCGUGACACAGGUCAAACGACGUCUCUACCAAGAGACCAUAUUAGAACUGAAAGCAAACUUUCAUACAAUGACUCGCUUUUGUUGGAAACGAUAGUUGCUAAUAAGGGUUCAACGUCCUUAAGAGAGAUGCAGGAACAAUUAAAUGAGUAUGGCAAUUGCGGUCAAAUUUCACUCAACACAAUUUCGCGAAAUGUAAGAUGCAAUUUGCCAAGUGGACUUAAAUAUUCUCGUAAACGCCUCGGAAAAUGUGUUGAUCAACGAUUUACAAAUGAAAAUCUUAUUUAUACUCAAAUAUAUCUCGACUAUAUUUCUACCAAAAAUCCAGCUGCCAUUAAAUUCUUCGAUGAAUCAGGCUUUCAACUUCCGAAUAGUGGACAUAGGAAUUACGGUUAUUCAGAAGUGGGCAAACCAUGUCUUGACAUUCGUCGAUACAAUUCGACAGCCAACAAAACUCUCAAUUUUUUGGUGGGAAUUGAUGGACUGAAGUACGCAAAUAUAAUUGAUGGCGCUUGCGAUACACUGGAAUUUCUACGGGGUUUUUCGGAUGCAUUGCGGACAAUAGAUCCUCAAACAGAACGCCCAGUUAUAGAAGUUGGUGAUGUAAUUGUUAUAGAUAAUUGUCCAACACAUCAUGGAGAAGGGGAAAGAUUUCUUAGAGAAACAUUGUCUGAAAUCGGAGUUGAACUAUUGUUUUUGCCCGUUUACUCACCAGACUUCAAUCCAGUCGAAGAAGUUUUUUCAAAGUUGAAAUAUCUUCUAAAGUACACGUGUCAAGACAUAGUCUUUCAAAACCUCGAGUUCGCAAUUUGGUGUGCGGUUGGGGAUAUCACUGCUGCAGACACAUAUGGAUAUUAUCGUCAUACUCAUUAUUUUAACAUGUAA